UACUCAGGGUCUCUUUAACCUAACCUCCCAUUAUCUCUGAACAUCCGAUGAAAAGAUUGAACUGCUCUCUUAGCUGCUGAGUGAUUUUUGACUCUUGUUCUGUCAGGAUUUCUCUGUUCAACAACAAACAUGGAUCCUGAUACUCCAGCAACUACUGUUGGCUUUCUUGGGAAGCUUGGCAUGAGAUCUUUUGCUCAAUGUGUAUUUUAUCCAUUUGAGUAUGGCAGAACUCUUAUGCAGAUUGGGUAUGAACCCAUCGCUCCGUGGCCAGGUAAAACUUGGACCGGUCAGCAAAAGAUGAUGUUACCGAACAUUUUUCAGUAUGUUGGCUACAUGAAAGCAAAACAUGGACGAUCCUGCAUUUAUGCUGGGGUCAAAGUUCGCAUUGUUGAACAUGUUGUCAGUCAAGUUGCAUAUUAUGUAGCUACUGAUUCACUCCCACCAUCUGAUAUUGAAACUGAAAUUGAUGAAGGGAAGGAAGUUAGUGAGGAAGAAAGGAGGCAAUGGUACUUUGACGAGUUUAUGAAAGCUGCUACAGGUAGAUCAUUAGCUGUAAUUGUUAGCCACCCAUUCCAUGUUUGUGCCGUGAGAGUCAUGGCACAGUUCAUUGGCCAGGAAACAAAAUACUCUGGAGUAUUUGGCUCUUUGCGAGAACUGCAUCGUGAAAGUGGUAUCAUGGGCUUCUUUAGUGGACUUGUCCCAAGGUUGUUGGCUGAGGUGUGUCAGCUGGCUAUUUGGCAUUCCCUCACUUAUGCUCUUAUUACUUAUGUGUCUCGUGAGAGGGAGCAUCGAGAUAUAUUUUCCACAUUAAUGGGCUUUGUUGCAUCUACCUGUACCUACCCACUGCUAGUUGUGUCAAAUGUCAUGUGUGUCUCUGGAUCAGGGUUGGCAGCAGGGGGCCCUCCCCAUAUGAGGGUCUACUCUUCAUGGAUUGAUUGUUGGCGAAACCUGUCUGCAGAGGACCAGUUGUGGCGAGGUUCUAGCAUCCUAUUGUGGCGCUAUGAUACUCGCUCUUUGAAAUAAUUCCUUCAUAAUUCAUCUGUUAAUAGCUCAGUUCACAUCUUGCAACUUUCUGCUGUUUAAUCAAUUUACAUAUAAAGACUGUCUGCAUCUGCCUCAGGAAAUUAACCAUUCUUGUAUGAGGCAACAAGAUUUUCCACAUUUUUGUCAUGCAAGCAGCAACAGUUAUGCAUAAAAAUUUGUACAUUUAGAAAUUUAUGCUAAAAUGCCUAUUUGUAAACUGUUAAUGUAUUUAGGGUGGCUGUAAAGAGCCUUGGCAAGGCAAACCUGUGAAGUGCAUCAAAUUAUGCACUCAAAAGGUAGCACAUGAAGGCAAUCACUUAAUUAUAAUUCAUGUGCCAUUGUUGCGAUCAUUCACUUGUAAGUGUUAAAACCAUACAUUUCAAAGUUGCAUUUCUGUUCCUUGUUGUAUUGUUUUCAUAAAUAAAAAUUUAAAAUUGA